AUGUCUUUCGCUCCAAGAGGUAGAGGUGGAUCCAGAGGUGGAUUCGGUGGAUCCCGUGGUGGAUCCCGUGGUGGAUUCGGCGGUGGCAGAGGUGGUGCCAGAGGUGGAUUCGGCGGUGGCAGAGGUGGUGCCAGAGGUGGAUUUGGCGGAGCCAGAGGUGGUGCCAGAGGUGGUGCUAGAGGUGGUGCCAGAGGCGGUGCUCGUGGUGGUAGAGGUGGUGCCAGAGGUGGUGCCAGAGGUGGUGCCAAGGUAGUUAUCGAGCCACACAGACAUGCUGGUGUUUUCAUUGCCAGAGGUAAGGAAGAUUUGUUAGUCACCAGAAACAUUGCUCCUGGUGAAUCUGUCUACGGAGAAAAGAGAAUUUCGGUAGAAGAACCAGCCAAAGAAGAAGGUGCUCCAGCCACUAAAAUCGAGUACCGUGUGUGGAACCCUUUCAGAUCUAAGUUGGCUGCCGGUAUCAUGGGUGGUAUUGACGAGUUAGGUGUUGCUCCAGGCAAGAAGGUUUUGUACUUAGGUGCUGCUUCCGGUACCUCCGUCUCUCACGUUUCCGAUGUUGUUGGUCCAGAAGGUAUGGUCUACGCUGUUGAGUUCUCCCACAGACCUGGUAGAGAAUUGAUCGGUAUGGCCAAGAAGAGACCUAACGUCAUCCCUAUCAUUGACGAUGCUCGUCACCCACAGAAGUACAGAAUGUUGGUCGGUAUGGUUGACUGUGUUUUCGCCGAUGUCGCCCAACCAGAUCAAGCCCGUAUCAUUGCAUUGAACUCGCACUUGUUCUUGAAGGACGGUGGUAUUGUUGUCAUCUCCAUCAAGGCCAACUGUAUUGACUCUACUGUUGAUGCUGAAACCGUAUUUGCCAGAGAAGUGCAGAAAUUGAGAGAAGAAAGAAUCAAGCCUUUGGAACAAUUGACCUUGGAACCUUAUGAAAGAGACCAUUGUAUCGUUGUUGGUAAGUACAUCAGAUCAGGCUUGAAGAAGUAA